GAACCGCCAGAAGGCCCUCGGAGCUGGACCUCAGUGUCCGGGCAGAACGAUGGGGGUGGAGACGCUCCUUCAGGUAUACCGGACCGAGGCCGUUUAGGGCUUUAAAGGUCAACACCAACACUUUGAAUUGUGCUCGGAAACGUACUGGGAGCCAAUGUAGGUCUUUCAGGACCGGUGUUAUGUGGUCUCGGCGGCCGCUCCCAGUCACCAGUCUAGCUGGUGUCAAGCAAGCUACAGUCAAGCAAUGUAGUUGAGAUCAUAGAAUCACAAAACUGUAGUAUUGUAGCGCUGGAAAGGGACGUCUAGCUCAAGCCCCUGACGAAUAGACAUUCUGUUGUGGUGACCGUAACCUAGGUUUGAGGUGCUGUUUGGUGCCUGGCUUACAUACCUGCGUUUCCAACAUGGCUUCUCCCCCAGCCAUGCACCUGCCUCACCAUGAAAUGGUGCGAUCCCAGGCGCUCAGCACCAAAUGACUUCCUUGCAGCUAUAGAUUGGCUCUUAAGCAGCGUUAGAAACUCAGAUAUAUAAUAUAAUCGCCAGAUGGCACCUUAAACCCGAAGUGAUGGUCGCCACAAUGGAACGUCUAGGCCAGGGGUCAGCAAACUUUUUCAGCAGCAAACUUUUCCAGCUGUCCACUGUCCCUCAGACAGACUUCCUGUUGUUAUUCUGUCUCUCACAGCUACAAUAAGCCUACCAUUAAAAUUAUGGACAGGUCAUUUCUUCAUCAGAGGGCAAACGGGCAAAUGUAGCACUGGAUCAAAUACUCCCCCCUCACACUGUAUGUUCCACAGUGAUGUGGGAAGCUGCUGUGACUAUCUGAGUGCCCAUCUACAUGCGCCCUUGCAGUUUGAACAUGAAAGUGUGGUUGGAAUUAGAGAUAAGGUGCAGGCACAGAAAGGAUCUCUUUGUACAGCUCUGAGCUUGAAGCAUGCACAGACGGUGAAUGGCAAUUCUAUAUGGAGUUUGCCCAGGUAGCUAAAUUAAAAAGUUGAUCCCUGCUACAGGCAUUGCCAAUUCCCAAGCCUUCCAACCCCUUUGCGGCUUUCCAACCAGUGAGCAGGUUUGUAUGGAUGUACAGAUGAUUUCCCAUAAGAUAUUGAGCUGCAUAAACAAGACUCGCUGACCCCCCCCAAAGCCCCCCUCUCCCAAAAACCAUGGCAAUCCAGGGUGGCUUCACUCGUUCAACCACCCUGCCGGAGGUAGUAGCAGACAGAUGGUUCUCAACAAUGGGAAAAUCCAGUUGGUUUCCCUUAGGAAAAUGCUUGAGAACAAUAAUGCUUAAGGGGAUAAAGGCAGAUUAAUUAAUAGAGGCAUUGUUGUGCCUGUGUUUGGUUGCUCCUAUUUGCGCUCUAAUUAUGCGAUAGAUGUGCUCUUUUAUGGAGAGAUCUAGCACACAGCGUGGAUAAAGCGUCCCUCCCAUCGUAACAGUAUCUAUCAAAAGAAUGGAAUUGGGCUUAAGUCUUGCUUCCAUUUUUAGACCAACAGUAAGCUGAACGUGCAAUCUGUAGAGCAACCCUGUGCAUAUCUGUUCAUAACUUAAAUUCCCUGAUUGCCACAGUAGUGUUCUUUUUACUUUGGCAUAAUCUGCCCUUUAAUUUGGUGUGAGUACUGUCUUCGAUAUCCAGUGUGUAUUGUAGGACAGUGUCCUCAGUAGCCUGAUUUAUACUGGCACUAAACCAUGGUUUAGCGUUGCAAGAGCAAGCCAAAGUGAACCCCAGACUUGAACUCUCCCUCCUCUCCUUCUGGCACAGACAUGAGGACAAGAUAGAAAAUUUCUGCUUCUGUUUCGGAUGAACCACAGCUUGGCGUCCAAUCCCAAACUGAUUAAGUUUAAGUAUGGUUAGCUGAAACAAAGCCAACUUCCAAAACUAUAGUUUGGCUUGUUUCAACAAACCAUACUUAAGAUUAAUCACAGGUUGUCGGGUUCAGGUGGCAUGGCAAGCUGUGGUUAAUCUAAAAAGGAACCAAAUGUUUUCAACCUCCUCUUCAUGGCUGCAUUGGAGGGGGGAGUGUGCCAAUCUGAAGCUAACUCGGAGAUAUCCCCACAAUCCAAGCCAACACACUGUGUUGGGUAAAAAUGUACCCUUUUUCCUCUUCCUGGGAGGGAGUUGUGAAGAAAAACAGGUUUGCGUGUUUCCAUUGUGGCUGAUUUGAACUAGAGAAAAACCAGAUGUGAAGGAUGUCAGUUUGCUAAUGCUCUAAACAGCAUCCUCACACUUCCACCCUGGAAUCCCCAGAGCAGUUUUGCAAUUGUGUUUUAAUUCUGGGGGAAGUGCUGGUGGAAUACAAUGAAGCAAGGACGUAUAUAAACAUACAUGUGCUAUAUCAGGCACGUCCAACAGGUAGAUCGUGAUCUACCAGUAGAUCACUGGACGUCUGUGGUAGAUCACUGGUAGAUCACUGGCUCCCUCCAAAGAAGUUCAACAACUUUGGCUCCCCUAAAAAUGCUCAACAUUUUAGCCCUUCACCCCCCCCCAAAAAAAACAGGGCUUUCUUCCCACCUCAGAGAAGCUCAACAACUAUGACCUGAACCCCUAAAAUGGGCCUUCCUCCUUCCUAAAAAAUCUCAACAACUUAGACCUGAACCCCUAAAAAACAGGGCUUUCCUCCUCCCUAAACAACUUUGACAUGAACACCCCAAAAGGGGGUAGAUCACUGCCAGUUUUUAACUCUGUGAGUAGAUUGCAGUCUCUUCGGAGUUGGCCACCCCUCUAUCUAUCUAUCUAUCUAUCUAUCUAUCUAUCUAUCUAUCUAUCUAUCUAUCUAUCUAUCCCCACUACCUGAUGCAUAAGAAGAAGGGCAAGACUGGUGGUUGAUAGAGCAUUCAACCUGCUGCAAUGCAAGUUGCAAAGCUGGGCAUACACAGUUGAUUGAUUUAUAAAAGGAUUUCUAUAUGUUGCUAUUCUGGCGGAGUACCCAAGCGCAGUGCACCACAUAAUUAAAACAAUAUUACAUUAAAAAUCAACUUAAAAUAUACAGGGGGAAAGUCGCAAAAUGCACCCAGUGAACAGAGAGUAAAUGCGUUCCACAAUCUACAGCUGUCUGGAUGAGCAGAAACAUUUUAUAUUACCGGUGGAGCCGUCAUGCUCAGGGUGCCUGCCAGAUCUCUGUGGGAAGACUGUCCCACAAUGCAGGCACCACUGCACAAAAAAAGCCCCAGUUGCUGGUUAAUCCCUGGUGGACUGGAGGAAGCCAUGCCAUCACCAAGAGGGCCACCUCUGAAGCUCAUACUGCAGAGGCAGUUUCGUAUGGGAGAAGGCGUUCUUCCAAGUAUCCCAGGCCCCAAGGUGUAUGCGGCUUUAUAAGUCAACAGCAGAACCUUAAACUUUGCUCAGUAGCAAAUUGGCAACCGGGGGGGGGGGCUCCUUAAGGAGAGGCGAUAGGGUGGACCAGUACGCUGCACCUAGUUGCGGCUCCCAAACAGCCUAGGUGAAGCCCAACACAAAGUGCAUCACAGCAGUCUUAUCUCGACACUGUGGACAUGUGAUAUAUCGAUCCAGGAACAGUCAUCGUUGAUGUACCAGCCACAGCUAGUAAAAGAUGCUUCUAGGUGCUGCAGCUACCGGUACCUGGACCUCCAGUGACCACGAUGUCUUCAAGAGCAUCUCUAAGCAACUCACCUAUUAUUUGGGCGAUGGACUGGUUAUUCAAUUCUUAGAUCUGUCAUCAGCGCAGCCAAAGAGAAGGCAGGUGGUUUGUGCUAUGAACACUACAGCUGCACACACUUUCUCAUCUAGCGGGGAUGAGACUGCUAAGGGAUGUGCCAGCUUGCCUUAACUAUGACCAAGAGGCAGGUUUCUUCUCCCCCCCCCCACCUCCUUUUUUAUCCCCAAGGAGAACAUAAUGCUCCAGUUGUCUUGGAUACACGGCGGUGUAUGUAGCAUUGUAAUCAAAUAUAGGCCGUCUGUAGUUGCAUUUUGGGAUUUAAAUCUGACCUCUGAUCUCAACAGCAGCUCUGGUGAGAUGGGCAGCCUAAUGUAGCACAUGUGUGGAAGUUGCUGAGAACAAAGGGAAAGGGAGAGAAGGAACAAAGAUAACUCUUUUUUUGCUCCUCGCCUCUUGGGUUUUGCUUGAACAUAUGCUUUAAAUGGAUGAGUGUUUCGGGGGCCUGAUGGCGGAGCCAAACGAAUCUCUCCUAUUUGUUGGUCUGCCUCGAUCGGAGCGUUUAGACGUUGGGUUGAAAUUCGGUGUGCCGCGUUCAGGUGGAGAGUCUGCGUUUGAGUUCAGGAGCCGUCCCGACAGGCUACACCCAUUGUCAAAUCGGAAGCGGAAAUUAUGUGUUUGAUUGGGAUGGGCAAAUCUGGCCAUUUUGGUUUCCAGUUUCCUUUCCCCCCUGAUUUUAAGUUCAGUUCUUCACAUUUCCCCAUCAGUUUGCAUUAAAAAUAAUAUUUUCAUCAGCAUUAUAAUACAGAUUUCUCCCAAUACACAUGUGUGUAUUUGCCUAAUAUACACAUUUUGUGGAGCAAUUUCCCCUAAAUUUCAGGUGUUGCUUUCAGUAAUAUGUGACUUUUAUUGGACACCUUACCCCAGCGCAUGAAUUUUUGUAUGCAUUACUUCUCCAGAGAACUGCCUUGCAAAAUUCAAAGAAUGGUGAGUUUUGAAGGGUGGAUGUGCUUCAGUUUUUCUUGUGUUGUUUCAGAAGCAUGGAUUUAUCUUUAAAUGAGAACUGAAACAUAUUUCUUUCCUCACCCCUAGCACACAGGUGUUGUAGUGAGAUCUGUGUCAAAUGUCAGACUGAGAUUUGGUCUUCAUCUGCAUGCCCCCUGUUCUGUGUUCCAGGUUCAGACACCAGCUGAAUCCCCACACCUGGUUUAGAGGUUGUGACGCUUGGGGAAGAAAAUAAAGAUUCAGAAUGCCUUGUUGUGAAAUACCAGAAGGUCUUUGGAUGAUAAUUGUGAUUUAGUAGAGUAAGAAUGUUGUGAUACUAAAGCCUUUAAAACAAACAAACAAACAAACUGCAAUCCUGUUUGCCCAACUGCUUUAAAGGAAAUUUAGAGAAGUUCAUGGAAGAAAAGUCUGUUUCAAAAGUGUUUAUUCCACCGAGUUAUACUUUUGAGUCGACCCAUUGAAAAGAAUGGAGCAAACUAAAUCAUGUUCAUGAAUUGAGUGGGUCAACUCUUGAAUAAGGGGCGCGGGUGGCGCUGUGGGUUAAACCACAGAGCCUAGGGCUUGCUGAUCAGAAGGUCGGUGGUUCGAAUCCCUGCAACGGGGUGAGCUCCCGUUGUUCGGUCCCAGCUCCUGCCCACCUAGCAGUUCGAAAGCACAUCAAAGUGCAAGUAGAUAAAUAGGGGCCGCGCCGGCGGGAAGGUAAACGGCGUUUCCAUGCGCUGCUCUGGUUCGCCAGAAGCUUUGUCAUGCUGGCCACAUGACCUAGAAGCUGUCUGCGGACAAACGCCGGCUCCCUUGGCCUAUAGAGCGAGAUGAGCGCCGCAACCCCAGAGUCGGACACAACUGGACCUGAUGGUCAGGGGCCCCUUUACCCUUUACCUUUUAUUCCUGAAUAAGGGACGCGGGUGGCGCUGUGGGUUAAACCACAGAGCCUAGGACUUGCCGAUCAGAAGGUUGGUGGUUCGAAUCCCCGCAACGGGGCUUGGUCCCAACUCAUGCCAACUUAGCAGUUAUAAAGCACGUCAAAGUGCAAGUAGAUAAAUAGGUACCGCUCCAGCGGGAAGGUAAACGGCGUUUCCGUGCGCUGCUCUGGUUUGCCAGAAGCAGCUUUGUCAUGCUGGCCACAUGACCUGGAAGCUGUACGCCGGCUCCCUCGGCCAAUAACGCAAGAUGCGCGCCGCAACCCCAGAGUCAUCCGCGACUGGACCUAAUGGUCAGAGGUCCCUUUACCUUUACACAACCCACAAAGCAAAGUCAAACACUACCCCGCAAACCCCACAACCUCUGGAGUUCAUCUCCCUCGGCCAAUAACGCGAGAUGAGCUCCGCAACCCCAGAGUCGUUCACGACUGGACCUAACAGUCAGGGGUCCCGUUACCUUACUCUUGAGUAAGUCUGUUGGUUAUAUCACUCGGGAAAGAUUGUCUCACCCCUUACAUACCCAACAGUGUUAGAAAUUAGACAGUUGCUAGGCGUGUUUUGCGCUGGUCCAAUUGCAACCAUGUGGAGCAGAUCUCUGGGUGCAAAACGGCCCUUAGAGAAGGAUCUGCAAUAUUUUCCCUUGAAGCUUGAAUUUGUUUUAUUCUGGAUUGUUCUAUUUGAUGUUUUAAUGUGUUGAGGUUUGUUCUAUAAAAUAUAAAGCGGCAUAGAAAUGAAAUGAUACCACCUAACAUGAACAUAGGACGAGCCUGCAGGAUCCGGCCAAUGGCCCAUCUAGUCCAGUAUCCCAUUCUCACAGUGGCCAGCAAGAUACCCAUAAACAGGAUUCGAGCAAAAGAGCGCUCUCUGCUCCUGUGAUUUUGAGCCGCUGGUACUCAGAAGCAGGGGACAAGGGGAUGGGCAUGUCCAACUAUGGCACUGAAGCUGAAUGCUCUUCAGCAGCGUAAAAUAGUAGCGUCUGUUUUUACGCAGACUUCCUCUCUUGUUUUGCCCAGGAGGCAAAACAGGUUUUAUGGGAUGUCAGAUCAUAAUGACAAGUCUAGGAAUAACCCUCCUCCGUCUCCUGAUUCUUUGCCCCCACCUACACUCUCAUGCAGAUACACACCCUAAAGAGCAUUGCAACAUCAUGCACUCUGGUAUUAACUGCCAAAGCUUGUAAGUUCUGGCGUAAUGAGGCCACAGUCCAGCCGUUCAGAGGCCGAUUGGAACGUGCAGUGCUGAACAAGCUCUGUUUAGGAAUGCUGCGGGUUCUCUUGCUUCAGUUAUCCCUCCUUUAUCCAACACGCUCGCUGGCUGAUUUGACUCCUAUACAGCCAAGGAUUUGCGAGGGUCCCAGUCCUCGGAGCCGUCUUGUGCAGUGGGAUUUCCCCCCCCCCUUUGGGGAGAAAUUCCACAGUGAAAUUUUAUUUCAUAAAAUAAAUUUGCAGCUCAGUAAACGGGUUCAAUAUCCAUCCGCUUGGGCAGUUCCAAACACCUGACUUCAGGUGACUUCCCCUAGCAAGCGUGCACAAAUAAAUGAUAAAUCUCUUUUAGUGUGCUAAAAAUUAGUACGUUAACAGUUUUUGUUUUCAUAAUAAUAAUAAUAAUAAUAGCAACAACAACUAUUAUUAUUCAUUUAUUAUUUCCCCAGCCACUCUCUCUAUAUAAGGGAAGGACUUGAUCAACUUCUCUCAACCUGAUAGCUCAAGAGGGGCCAUGCUGGUUGGGCUGACGAGAGUUGUAGUCUGACAACAUCUCGAGGGUACUGGUUUCGGGAAGGCAGGGCUAGGUAGGCACGUCAUCUUGCCCAUUCUAAAUUAGCUUCAUGUGAUCUAAUGGUUUAGCUUGGGUAUGUGACACAAACUUUCAUGCUCCCUCUUUCCCUCUUGUUCUCAGAAGCUCACAUCCUUUUCCAAGUGCUCUAGCCACAGUCUACCACGUUGUCCCACCAGGGAAGCUACUGUCAGCACCCAACUCACAUCCUGGUUUGAGGCAGGUUUGCAAACCAUAGUAUGGAGGUUAGUGCCAACUAAGUCAGCCAGUCUCCAAACUAGGGUUCGUCAGCCCUCUUCAGAUCAUGGUCUAGCGUUUAAUGGCCUUGCGUCAUGGCAAACCAUGGGUAGGGCAACCUGGGAAUGAGUUGGGAACCCCCACUUGUGGGGCAGAAUGUACAAAGGCUGUUGGGAAAAUUGAAAUAAGAUGUUUUAACUGGGCCACUAUUUCUUAAUCUCAGUGUAUCUUGCCUCCCCCCACCGCCACCCAAAUCUGCAGUAUGUGUUUCUGAAGUGUGUGUGAAAUACUCUUAAUAUUUAACAACAUUCUAUGCAAGUCCUUAACAAUAUAUGGGGGUGAUGAUGUUGUGGCAUGUGAUAUUUCUGGAUGUUUGGGACGGUGGGUUGUACCCAACGUGUCCCUUUUAUGAAUGGAUGGGCUCCUCCUCCUCCUCAUGGAGGAACUGAGAUCUAAUGCAAGAUCCUGCUCGAGAAAGUAGGGGGAUGCUAUUUCAACCCAUUCAUCCUGCAGCCCCAUGCUUUUCAGGCAGUUCUCUCAAUCCUAUGGAGAAGCGAUUGCGAGUUGCACAGCCUCCAUUCUGCAUAGCAAAGAUUGGAAUGCACUGGGUGCCCGGGUUAAAAUUCUAUCACUGUUGUGGGUUAUGGCUGAUUUUGGGAAAGUUGCUUGUACCCUCAGCUUGGUCCCCCAUCUUUUUCUUAAAAAAAUGAAAUAAAAGUAAACAUCAAUGUACCUCUCAGGUUUUCAGCUUUGUUUUGUGGAUGCCCAAGAUAUUAUAAGGCAUGUAAAGGCAUUGUGUGCUCUGUUUGCGUAUCAGCUGCCUGUUAGCCAGGUCUGAAGAAAUCGCUUUGCCAUUGCUAUAGAAACCUUCCCUUGAUUAGAUGUCAUAACUCUGUUUGAUUCACACUGAUAUGGCUGUGGGUUCCCACUGUGAAAUGAAGACAGGUUUCUUUUUAUAUAUGCGCAGAGAAUAUAAAUUCUGCUGCUUUAUAGCUUACAAAAUGCUUAAGUGGUUUUUGAUGCAGAAUUUAAUUAAAGUAGUUGCAGGAAAUAGUAAAAAAAAGAAGUAUCUUUUUUCUAUGUGUAUAUGUGUUUGGACCAUAAUCUGCAAGUUUAACACAUUAGCGGUAAACCUUUUUAUGAAAUAUUUUAAUUUAGAGAGAGCUUGUAUAUCAGGGAGUUUAUAUCUCUCCAGGGAGCAGCAAUCUGUCCUCGUGCCUACAGAAUAAUUCGGUGUAGGCAAGCCAAGUCAUCCUUGAUGGGUCUGAACAAUAUUGAAGGUUCAGCUUUAUUUGGGCCUUGCUAGUUGACGUUCUUAAUGCAGUAAUUGCAUGGUGGUUUCUUUGUGGUUGCUAGCGAUCCAACCAUCUUUCUUGGAGGCGUCUUCCGACUUCAGGACAUGAAGAAUACUGGAAGUCCAGAGAAUUUCUCUUGCAACAGAGAAACUUCAUUUUCAUGGCAGUGUGUGUCUAAAUGUUGUUGUUGUUGUUGUUGUUGUUGUUGUUGAGUCGAUGGAUGCUGCACAUAAUUGUGGUUCCACAAGCACUGUUGGUGACUCAUGACCCCCUCUUCACCUGAAACUACAUACAAAACUUCUUGGUCUGUUGAGUUUUAAAUUUGUGUGUGUGUGGAUGUUUUCAAUUGUUAAUCAUAUUUUUUAUCUGUUUUAAUACUUAAGUGGUUAAUUUGAAGCAGAAGCCAUUAUAGUGGGUUUAUUCACCUGCAAGUGCAAAACUGCUCUGGAUAUUUGUGUGUCUGUGACGUCACGAAUGCUAUCCAGUCGGUGCCUUCCACAGCUAGGUGAACGCUUCUUCCUCCUCCGUUUCAUUUCCAACCCUACUGCAGAUUCGCAGGAGUUUUUCUUUCCCAGAGCUUGAAUACGUGGCAAACAAAGCGAGAGCUCUUGGAAUCUUGUCCUCCUCUCUUUUUUAUUUUAAAAAAAGCGCAACCCACGAUGUCCAUCUUUACCUGCCAAUGCCCUAGUAGUGAGUGUGUUGCCACUGAGCACCCCAAAAUUGCAUUUCCUUCAGAAAUGGCAGGCCAGCCAAUACCACACUUUCUGUAUAUUCCUGCCUUCCAAUGAGCUCAAAAGUGCUCACGUUGAGCUUUUGACAUGAAAAUGCCCCCCAGUGGGAAAUGGCGUCUCUGAUUCAGCCACCUCCAAAGGGGGGGUGGUUAAGAGCAAGCCACGGUUUUAAUACUGUUUAUGAGAGCAACAGUUUAUGAUGCAACAUAUCAAAUAUUAAUACAAGGGACAGAAAGGACGGCAAAGGACUUGUUCCUCUUAACUGGCGCCUGCAGGCGAAUGAAUCCGCAGUUGCCAAUAAGCAAGCCGAAGGGUGUGUGGGUGGAAGGGAGCCAAGCAAAGAUGGCCCAAACAGUAUCGCCUUUUAUGCACCCACCGUGAUAAUAAAAAAUAUUAAAUUUCAGGUUGGCAGUUUAUUAUGCAUUUUAAUUCUCCAAAAAACACGGAGCUGUCCUCUCAGGAAAAGGGCCUUGGCUCAGUGCUCUCUGCACACAGGAAGUUCUGGGUUCAAGACUCCUCCCGGAAACCUUGGUGUCGGGGCCGGAAUCAGGCGUAGGCCAACAAGAUUAAAUGGGUCCAGUAACUGGAAUGACUCCGGACAAGAAAGCUGAAACGCCAGGGGCAGAGAAAUCCGCGGGGCUGCGGCACAUCCAAAGAAUGGGGAGCUUGCCGGAGGCGGUAGACGCGGCUCGGCCAAAGGCCACAGCCGUGGAUAGCGAACUGGCCGACGACGAGCUCACAAACUUGAACUGGCUUCACGAAAGCACGAACCUCCUAACAAACUUCAGCCUCGGAAGUGAGGGUCUUCCGGUGGUUAGCCCCCUGUACGACAUCGAGGGCGACAGUGUGCCAUCCUACCCUUCUUCCUGCUACUCCAACCCCGAGAAGAAAUCUGCCACAUCGAAGCCCCCCUAUUCCUUCAGUCUCCUCAUCUAUAUGGCGAUAGAGCAUUCGCCCAAUAAGAGCUUGCCGGUGAAAGAAAUCUACAGCUGGAUCCUGGAGCGCUUCCCGUAUUUUGCCACGGCCCCCACUGGCUGGAAGAACUCGGUCCGGCAUAAUCUUUCCUUGAACAAGUGUUUCCGGAAGGUGGAGAGAAGCCACGGCAAGGUGAAUGGAAAAGGUUCUUUGUGGUGUGUGGACCCAGAAUAUAAACCGAACCUAAUACAAGCCCUGAAGAAGCAGCCUUUCCCCUCUGCCUUUUUUUAUACCCCACCAGCAUCACCACUGAGUGGUUCACCUUCUCCUCACUACUUAACCUCAGUUUUGAAACAGAAUCAGGGUCGAUCUAUCAAAGACUCUGAUAUUGAUGCUGCUACUGCCAUGAUGCUCUUGAAUACUUCCAUUGAAGAAGGCAUUUUAGAUUGUAAGAAGCCGCAGCCACUCAAGCUAUCCAAGAAAAGGAAUUACGUCAGCACGUUCCAAAGCCACGGCAAGGCAAGUCCAGGGGGGAGCGAUUUCCCCGUCCCCAACAUUGACCCCAACAAGGACCAUAACUACAGUGCUAGCAGCGUGGCCUCGCAGCGCUGCGUGUCCCCCUCGAGUGUGUCUUCCCUGUCGUCCGUCGACGAGGUCUACGAGUUUGUCUCCGAGGCCAGCCGGGUGGGGAGCGAGGGCAGCGAAGGAUUCCACAGCGAGGUGGACACGGACGGAGACGACCGCGAAGAGGACGAGGACGACCCCCUGGCCGAUAGCGGCUACACCUCGCAGCCGUGCCUCGCCGCCUCGGACAAGGCCCAGCCUCGCAAGAAAGCCCUGGAGGAGCUCUGCCUUGAAAUCGACGAGGAACUGAAAGAGGCGGCCGGGUCUCUGCUGCAUCUAGCCGGGAUGAGCCCCUGUCUAGGCUCCCUCAUAAGUACUGCAAAGACCCAUAGCCAGAAACGAAGGAGAAAGAAUGACGUCACGGCCUGAGAAGUGUGUUUGGGGGUGGGGUGG